AUGCUAGUUGCAGCAGCAGGGUGUGGCCGAGCGAGUACCGACUCCUACAGGCGCAUGCAGCAACACGCUACUUGGAGGCGAGACGAAGCGUCUAGGGAUGCAGUGGUCGUCAUGCAGGUUGUUGGCGUCAUGCUUGCUCUGGGUCCUUGCGUUCGUCCCAUUGCCUUUGAAUCACCAUUCGAUCAUUGGAUCCCAUUCGAUGCACUCGCUCCCAGCAUCUGCCCAGAUGCCAGCCAUGGCCCCCUCGUCGUCAUCCCUAGAGCCGCCGUGGCCGCGCCCCCACCCCACCUCUCUCCUCUGCUUGCUUCCUGGGAUUGGGAAGCGAUCAAAAUCCACCAACAAGAUGUCGACCUGGUCCCCAACCAAGGCCUAACCCUCGGCCUCUUUCGGAUGCGCUGUUGCGACUUUGCCAUCCCGAAUAGGGACUCUGACGCAUGUGGUUCUGCGAUGACUGACCGAUGAAUCGGCAGCAUAGACGCAGGCUCUCUUCGUCCUCACCCAGAUCUAUUCGGCCGUAUAAGUACCUCGUGUAUUCGUUCCGGUGCCAAUGAGUAGUGCUGCGAAGGUCUCGUUCUCAACUAAGCGAGGCUACUGCAAUCCUGGCGUUCGAGCAAGCCACAGGCAGCCCAUGUGGCUGGCCUGGAUUGUUCGUGGCAGAGUCUUCCCAACUGUGCGCACGCCACACCAGCCGCUCAUUGAUACGAUCGCCUCCAAGCCUUCGGGAAACUCCUCUGUGAGCGCCGUCCCGGUGGUGUGACGGAGAGUCGUCUACGUACUUAAUGCGACGUUAUGAUGCACAGGCCCAAGCUUGCAGAAUCCUGGCCACAAGGAGACAUGUUAUCGUUCAUCUGAAGAAUGAUACUCUGGCCCCGGUAUCCUCGGUUUCUCCUCAUUGAAUGCGAAAACAGCCUCAUCUUCCAACCAUCAUAUCCGUGGGCGAGGAAGGAGACUGGCCAGUGUCGCCCACUGACAAGCGCGCUUGAGUUUCCACUGGCAACCGUGACUGUUGUUCUGCGAAAUGAGUUUUAGGUAGCCCCUAGAAAUUCGCCUC